CAGUCCAGUCUCGUUCUAUGUUCUCACCGCAAUUUGGAAUAGACCAAUCCAUUUCUCUGUGGUUUCCAUCCAAAGCAAUCGUCUCUCAUCCAACAUGUUCUGCAUCACAAGCCUCAUCAGAUCCUGAAAAGCCCUAAUUUCCACCUCAGACAACGCAAGACCAACAGCACUCGAUGCAACAAAAGAAAUUAUUGCAAAAUAUGAAAAUGUCCCACCAAUGUCCAAACCAGGCCGGCCAAUAGAACAGCCAAUUGAUGUUAUCGAAGCCGAGAAAAGAUUUGGAAUAUCCCUUUUCAAAGAUUCCUCCCAUAUCUUCAUUCGGCAUGAACAAUACCAUAUGAUACUCGAAGCUCGUUUCCACGAUGAUCCCGAGAAACCCUAUCUCAUAUCAUACCCAAAAAGCAUUCGCAACUCGGAUCUUUCCAAGAAAGAUCAAGAACUUCUUAAAUUGAAACUCCAGGAUAUUAAAAGACUUAUAUCAGAAACAGACUGGGACCACCUCAAGCAACAGUACGGUAUCAUAAAAGGAGACUAGCUUGUGAAGGACAAAGAUGAUAAAGAAAUUUGAGACUUAGUAAUUGGCGUGUGGCGGGGGCUGGAAGAUUUUGAUCUAUCUUGAACAGUGAUGUAAAUAAUAUAGAAGGCUC